UCAGCGACUUGUUUAAAAGAGUCUCAUAAGGCAGUCUGUCUUCAGUUAUUGAUUUGUUUUUUUCUGCGUAUAUUUUUGUGAGAGGAAAGAUUUGCUGACGGUGACAAGUGGCCUCCGAAGAAAAGCUGUCUUUGGUGUUAUUACAAGAUGGCAUCAAUCGUUUUUAUUGAUAAGGAAAAUGGAGACCUAGGAAGUACCGCUUCUGCAAAAAUACGACCACGGCUGCAGUCUGCACCCGUCGGUGUUAAAGGCAGCAAGAUGUUCGCAAAAGCAUGUCCUACUCCUCAUCCUGGAAAGCUGAAUGGGAAACCCCCUCAGUUGAUUCGCAAGGCUCUGGGAGCAGUGAACAAAACGGAGUCGUCAAAACCAGUGGUUGAACAGAAAACCUCUUCUAUGUCAAAACCUAAAGUGUGUGCUCCAAUUGCUAAUCCCAAAACCUAUCCAGAAAUUGAAAAGUUUCAUCCAUAUAAUCCAGCAGAUUUUGAGGAUUGCUAUAGGCUUCCAGAAGAGCAGACGAUCAGUCAUCUUUGUCUUGCCCGCCUUGCAAUGCCAGUUUAUGAAGAAAAGGAUGAUCCUCUUAAUGUAGAAUGUCCAAUGAAAUUGUCUCCAGUGAAGCUCUUGAAAGAAACGUCUUGCACAGAUGUGGAUUCUUUUCUGCAAACAAUUGCUGAGCUAACGGACAUUCCACUACCAUCACUAAUGGACUACUGAAUUUAAUGUUGCUGCCUUUUAAAUUGGAGGGGUGUGGGUGUUUUUGUAACUUU